UGAGGACGCGGGUUCAGGCGAGGUGAGGAGACAAACCUAGUUGACCCUAUACUGGGUGAAGAAACAAAUAUGAGUAGCGGCAGUGUUCGCUGAGCAGAAACAAGCGCGAAGCGAACUGGGAGAGACGCGCCCUAUCAUCCAAUCUAUUGAGCAUAUACAGUAUUUCUAAUAACACUUUGGAGGAGAUUCACAUGAAGAAGAGGUACUUCCUCGGYCUAUUUCACUGACAGAUGGUGGCAUUGCAAUGUGAAUCACAGGCACUCGGAGCCAGCAUCAUUAUCAKAACAACCAGAGAGUGUAUUUCUAAAGUGAGCUAUUAAACAAAACUCAAGCACACAAUCUAUGAGUUUGGCAAUUACCCGAUCACACCAGGGCUAUCCAAGCAUGAAAUACCAUACUAGACCCACCAGUAGCGUCCUCCAGGAUCUCUCUGGUGGUCCCUCCCAUCUGUUGGGACUGGAAGGGCUGGACCCGAGGCCUCUGAGCGAGGCAAUGUCCUUCACUGACGAGGCGGUCUCCAUCCUGACCUCCAGCAGCCAGCUAGCCCGUUCCCUCCUGGGCUGCACCUCUGCCCUGAAGCGGAAAGAAAGCCUAGCCACCACCGCUAACCAUGCUAACGCUAAUGCUAUCUCUAACAAUGACGGUGAGGAUGACUUUGACGAUAGCAACAGUGCUCUGCGCCGCAAACGCGAGUUCACUCCCGACGAGAAGAAGGACGACGGCUACUGGGAUAAGAGGAAGAAGAACAACGAUGCGGCGAAACGGUCGCGUCAGAAACGACGUGCCAAUGACAUGGUCCUGGAGACGAGGGUUCUGGGGUUGUUGGAGGAGAACGCCCGACUAAGGGCCGAACUCCUGGCCUUCAAGUUCCGCUUUGGCCUAGUCAAGGACACCUCCAACAUAGCCAUAAUGCCGCUGUCCGUGCCUCCACCCAACCAUCUUGAACCGAGGUACUACCUACCCCAUGAUGAUGGUUCCUACCCCCAUAACACCGCCGCCACCACCUCCCACCACCAUCCCCACCACUCAUCCUCAUACGAGGUGAGGGGAACUGGGCUGCCAGCAGGGCGUGACGCYGGCAGUAGUAUAUCCGAGGACUCUGGUUUCUCCCCUGGAAGCUCCAACACCGGCAGCCCUGUGUUCUUUGACGAUGGACUAGGGGACCACAGCCGAACUUCCCCCAGAACGGUAGAGGAACAGGGGCGUUAUGAGCCUCGCGCCUCCCUGGAGGCAGAAGGACAGUACCACGGCAGGCAGGACUCUAGCCUACCACACAAACUCCGCUUCAAAACCCCCGGUGGAGGUAGCGAAGCUGGGGAGAUACCAGCAAGGUCCCCUAAUAGUAAACGCCCUUGCCCCGUAGCUACAGUCGGACCWAACAUCCAGAGGAGCCAGGCUGAAUGGUACAGUCAUAGGGGAGAGGGCCAGGCUGCAUGGCCCAGGGAGGAGGCCCGUGCUGGGCAUGAUCAGCAGCKCCACUACUCCCCCUCUGGAGGGUCUCCACACAGACCCACCACUACCACAGACUCCCAGUAUGUGGCGGAGAAUGGCACCCUCAAAUCCCAGCUCAGUUCCCUAUCGCAGGAGGUGGCCCAGCUCAAGAAGCUGUUCUCUCAGCAGCUGCUCUCCAAACUGGUCUGAGGUCAGGUUGAACACACUCACAACCUCACCGUACACACAUUUUUACAUUUACAUACAGAGAAGAGCAACAGAGAGAGGGAGAGAAAGGGGUUUCGACUCAAAGAAAGUGACAUUCACUUCAACCUGAACAUUGACUUUCACUGUGUCUCAGCUGAACUUGACUCCCAGGGCAC